GCCCUGCGGGCGGGGAUAAACUCGUUCCUGGGUCCUGCCGAGGGGAGCGCGGCUGUGCGGCUCACGGAGGGGGCGCGUUCGGGGCUUCGCUGCCCGCAGAGCUGCUCGGGAGGGCGCACGGCGCUGCAGGUGGCGUGCCCGAGCCUUCUGCCCAUCCACCUCGCCCCGUGCUCCGCACGCGUACGGUGUCAGCAUCUGCCGUGACCGCGGGUGGGCUCUGGCGGUCUGUAUGUGGAUCUGAAGAGCCGAACGGGUCUCGGUGAAGUUAUACGGGCUGAAUAGGGAUCGAGUGGAGACUGUAAAAGAGCUGCGGAAUCAGCCAUCUGCGUGCCUCAGAUUUUCCAGCGUUUGUUAUGACGAGCAGGGUAGCUAUCUGCCGCUUCUGGAGUGACUUCUAACCGUGACUUAGGAAUGGGUUUGUGUUGUGGUUGGCAUCUGCGGCCUUAAGAGCUUUCCUUGUGAAGCUAAGGCUUAGCUUUGUGGUCACAGCAGAGCUUUGAGAUUGUGUUCUGGUGUGAGCCCAGCGAGGGCUGUGUCCACAUGAGUUCUCUGAAGAAGAUGUGAGUUAGAAAACCUUCAGGUAUGUCAUCAACUCAGAACACUUAUCAAAAACUGAACUAGGGGGAGCAUGUAGUUCCUAACGUUUGAUAUUUCAGAAUACUCAGGUGUGUAAAACUUGACUGAGAUUACAGGUGUCACACGUCUUUCCAAAUUAUUUUUGCACGUGGAUGUAAAAGGGGCUGGUUAUACACAGUGCUGGGCAACCAGCACCGUACAGAAACAGAGCAGAGCUGAGUAUAGGAUGUUGCUGCUUAGUGUUUUUGAUUGAAGUUUGGAUGUGGUUGUAGUUCCUUUUAUAACACAGAUGUUUUGAUAUUGGUCAUGUGACCAUGAAACAGGCCAUGAUCCCAAAAUGUCUCAUCCUUAAUUCAGUAGCAGUUGCAUGUUGAGAAUAAGUUUUACAUGGCUAAAAAAGGUAUCUGUUUUAAGUCUCUAACCUUUCAGGAAGUAAUUCAUGGUUAGUUGAACUGCAUUUGUUAGUAGGGUUAAUAUCUUAAUGUAUAAAUGCUUGAGUGUGCAGUUAAGUAAUUGCAGGGAUAUGGUGACGUUCAGGGAAUGAUGUACUUGGAGUUUCAGUUCUUCAGAAAAACAUACCAGAGUUCAAAGGGGGGAAAAAAGAAACAAGAUGUCAACACGCUUCCACACCCUGGUGGUACAUGGCUGGCUUUGCUGGAGACGCCUUGGCCCACUUAUUUUCAAAGGUUAAUUCUCUGAGACAGGCCAGGUCUUUCCACGAAACAGAAAUGCCCUUGGGGAUGGAAACUACCUGUGCUCAACACAGAAGGCCAGUUGCCAAGUGAAGUUGCUGGUUUAUCUUGUGUUAAUUUUAUUUCUGAGCAGGUAUUUCCUUUAGUGCGUGACUUCCUUUAGGAGCAGAAAAACAGGAAAGAAACUGAUGCUGAGGAGUGCAUUGUGACCAAACGUGUUGUUAGCCUGGAGUCUGGCACUUCCAGGCUCUAGCUUCUCUCCAGUUCCAGACAGCUCACCUGCCUUGACUUUCCCUCAAGUGCAGCCACUGAUCACGAGAUGUUACCACAGAACCUACCUCAGACUUCGCUUUUGCCGAUUCGUUUCCUGCAUCGUUAUCAGUCUCUCCAGGAGCUCUGCAGACACUCUUGAAAAGUCUCUGAACAUAUUGUGCCAUCGUCAAAGAAUGAUGACCUAACGUAGGUCAAAGUCUGGAGCAUUGAUCCAGCUGUCAAAGAUAACGCUGCCUUUUUGUUUGAUCGGUAUCACUUCUGAACCUACUUCAGAAACGUUCAGCUGACCUUUAUCUGGCAAAAAGAUCUUCACUUUUUCACUCUGGUCCUGGAAAUAUUAAUGGAAUACAGUCAUGUCUACCCAGGACGAGAGGCAGAUAAAUAGUGAAUAUGCUGUGUCCUUGCUGGAGCAGUUAAAAUUCUUUUAUGAACAGCAGUUGCUAACUGACAUAGUAUUGAUUGUUGAGGGUACGGAAUUUCCCUGCCAUAAGAUGGUUCUUGCAACAUGCAGCUCAUACUUCAGAGCUAUGUUCAUGAGUGGGCUAAGUGAAAGCAAACAAACACACGUGCACCUGAGGAACGUGGAUGCAGCCACCUUACAAAUUAUAAUAACAUACGCAUACACGGGUAACUUGGCGAUAAGUGACAGCACAGUAGAACAGCUUUAUGAAACUGCCUGCUUCUUACAGGUAGAUGAUGUGUUACAACGGUGUAGAGAGUACUUAAUCAAAAAGAUUAAUGCAGAAAAUUGUGUGCGCCUGUUAAGUUUUGCCGAUCUCUUCAGCUGUGAAGAGUUAAAACAGAGUGCUAAGAGAAUGGUGGAGCACAAGUUCACAGCUGUGUACCACCAGGAGGCUUUCAUGCAGCUGUCACAUGAUCUACUGAUCGAUAUUUUAAGCAGUGACAAUUUGAAUGUGGAAAAGGAGGAGACAGUUCGUGAAGCUGCUAUGCUAUGGCUGGAGUACAACACAGAAUCACGGUCACAGUAUUUGUCCUCUGUUCUUAGCCAAAUCCGAAUCGAUGCACUUUCAGAAGUAACACAGAGAGCCUGGUUUCAAGGCUUACCGCCCAAUGAUAAGUCUGUGGUGGUCCAAGGACUGUACAAAUCUAUGCCCAAGUUCUUCAAGCCCAGACUUGGUAUGACAAAAGAGGAGAUGAUGAUAUUCAUUGAAGCUGCUGCUGAAAACCCCGGUAGUCUUUAUUCUUCUGUCUGUUACAGCCCACAGGCAGAGAAAGUUUACAAGCUCUGCAAUCCUCCUGCUGACUUGCAUAAGGUUGGAACACUUGUAACUCCUGAUAAUGAUAUCUAUAUAGCAGGGGGGCAAGUUCCUCUGAAAAAUGCAAAAACCAAUCACAGUAAAAGCAGCAAGCUCCAAGCUGCCUUCAGAACUGUGAAUUGCUUUUACUGGUUUGAUGCACAGCAAAACACUUGGUUUCCAAAGACGCCGAUGCUCUUUGUUCGUAUCAAGCCAUCCCUGGUCUGCUGUGAAGGAUACAUCUAUGCAAUCGGAGGUGACAGUGUCGGCGGAGAGCUCAACAGGAGAACUGUCGAAAGAUACGACACUGAAAAAGACGAGUGGACCAUGGUAAGCCCGUUGCCUUGUGCGUGGCAAUGGAGCACGGCGGUAGCAGUUCACAACUGCAUUUAUGUCAUGGCACACAACUUGAUGUACUGUUACUUUCCCAGGUCAGAUGCUUGGGUAGAAAUGGCUAUGCGACAAACAAGCAGAUGUUUUGCUUCAGCUGCCGCUUUUGGCGAUAAAAUAUUCUAUAUCGGAGGACUCCAUAUUGCCAGCAACUCUGGUAUAAGACUCCCAAGCAGUACUGUAGAUGGGUCUUCCGUAACUGUGGAAAUCUACGACGUGAAUAAAAACGAAUGGAGAAUGGCAGCUAAUAUCCCUGCCAAGCGCUAUUCUGACCCGUGUGUGAGAGCUGUUGUCAUCUCCAACUCUUUGUGCGUCUUCAUACGAGAAACCCACAUGAAUGAGAGAGCGAGGUAUGCCACCUAUCAGUAUGAUCUGGAACUCGAUCGCUGGUUUCUAAGACAGCACAUAUCGGAACGUGUGUUGUGGGACUUGGGCAAAGACUUUCGGUGCACUGUAGGAAAGCUGUAUCCAUCUUGCCUCGAAGAGUCCCCAUGGAAACCUCCAACGUAUCUCUUCUCACCAGAUGGAGCGGAUGAAUUUGAUCUGGAUGGGGAGAUGGUUACUUUACCACCUGUAUAGCUCCCAAAUUAGACUGCACAACUGAUUCAGUGUACAGUUACCUUGAAAUAAAUGAUUGUGAGAGGUCUGGGAAGAAAAAUGUCCAAUCAGUCCUUCAUGAGUUGUAUUUUUAUGCCCUACCAAAUACUUGCAGCAGUUCAGUAUGAAUCGAUGAAAUAAGCUGGUAUGCUUCCAUAAUCUGAAAUAAUAUUAUCUGAUAAUUGAGAAACAUAUAUGUAUAUCAUGAUCUUAGUCAUCUGACUUGUCUAAAGAAUUAAUUUCUAGUUCUAUACAGCCUGUUUCAGGAAAACUAGCUUCAGAAAAAAAAAAGUAGUUACUGUUUCUAGGAUGAUGUCACAACUCUUCUGAAAGUACCUUCCAGUUAUAUUUGAACUACUUCUGGGUGUUCUAAUCAAGUGCUAGUUAUAUAAUUGUCAGUGUGGCCUAACUAAGGGACUGUGCUGCACUUAAUACUAGUAUCCAUGUUGGUAUAGUAAUGCCAUUUAAAAACAAACAGAAAACAAAUCCCAUGGAUCUACCUGCAGUAGGAAGGGUAGAUCUUCCAUUGUAUUGUAAUGUGCAGGGCAAGAUGACUGCAGGUUCAGUCAAGCUGUACUAUUAGGUGCAUGUACUCUAUUUUCACAAACUUAUACCUGUCUGUUUAGAAUACAGGUCUUCCAAGCAGCUGGUAGUUUACCAGGUGUGGACUUAAGUUGCUGGGCUUGCAAUAGGAAUUGUCAGCCCUCAUAGUGCGGGUCUUUGUGGAGCUUUAAUCAGUGAAUGCCUCCACAUUCUGUAUUACAGUAACAUUGGCUCAUGUAUAUUACUUCCUGCUGCUGAUGUAUUUUUCCAUUGUAAAACGAAGUUUUAGUGUGGAUUAACCAGGUCUUUAUUUUCUGUUAAUUUAAUAACAAGCAUUACUGUAGUGUGAUUGUGUAUAGAUAUCCCUUAGCUAUCAGGUUUUUUACUUCGGGGGGUGGGGGGAAGCAACCAGUUCAGGAAUAUCCUGUACUCUGUGUGCAGGAGAGCAGAUGACUCGUGCUGCUCUGGCAUUAAUCCCAGGAACCACUAGCAGUAGCGGGGCACCGCCAGCCUAACAUGAACACAGGUGCUUCAUGACAAACCUUACUAGCAUGUUCAGUUGCAUCAUGUUCUGGCACUGUAUUUUGAAUGACAUUAAUUUAUUAAAAAAGACUGAAUCCAA